AUGUUCGCCAUGGGCCGCAUCGCCAGGGGCGCCCGCCUGCUUGCAGAGACUCCAAUGUUCCGAGUUCCAAGAGACGAGUCGAACUUGCAAAAACUGGAGGCCGCCGUAGCUCGGAGCGUGGGAUUUCUGAGCCAGGUGCAGCGCGAGAGCUUCUUUGCCCUGUCUAAUUUCCACGGAACCCGCCACCGCGAGGCGCUAGGAAUCGCGAGAACAAACGCGCUACCGCUAGGCUCGGACGCAUCUGAAGGCGGUAUCUUUCUCGAGGCGUCUCGGAUCAAUCAUUUCUGUAGACACAACGCCCAAAAUACCUGGAACGACAAUCGAGGCCAACUCACAAUCCACGUGCUAAGGGUUAUUGACGAUGGCGAAGAGAUUACGAUAUCCUACCUUGGUGCAUCGGAAACCUACGCUGCGAGGCAAUCGCGUUUGCAGAGGUCUUUUGGGUUCGUCUGCGCCCGCGAACUCGAUCGCCGUCUCAACAGGAUCACGUACCUUGACGACCAGAUCGGAGAUGGCAUACGCAUUGUAUCGACUCCCCUGGCAUGCUUUCGCAUGGCGCACGAGAUGAAGCUUCUCAUGGAAGAGGAGGGCAUCGCCGACGCAAGGGUCCCGCGACUCUAUUAUGAUGCAUUGCAGAUCGUGAUUGCAAACGGCGAUGAAGCAAGAGCGAGGGUUUUCGCUGAGCGCGCUUCUGCCGAGAGGCCCAUCAUGGAGGGAAGCGACAGCGCGGUAGUGCACCGGUUAAACAAGUACGCUGCGGAUCCAUCAAGCCACGCCCUGCACGAUAUGUCGGAGCAAUGGCGACAAGGUGUCAAUACAAUACCACAAGGUCUGAAUGAGCAAGAUUUCGGAAAGUGGCUUUGGAGAUUGCCGACUUGA